UUGUUUAGAUUGAGAAUUCGUAGUGAAAGAUGUCAGAAAUUUAUUGAAAGCGAACUUUUAGCUAGACUUCCUGCCGUGCCCGAAAAAGGCAGCCAGAUCCACGCAUGCGCUGCUCUUCGGGUCUCUUAGCCAACGAUGAAAUUUGGCAAGACCUUUGAGACGCAUCUGACCAUCGAAUGGCGUCAGCAGUACAUGCGAUACACGGAUCUGAAGACACUAAUACGACGUGGUGUGGACGGUGCUCCGUCGUUAGAUGUGGCAACCACCGCUCAAAUUCAAGCUUAUUACGCCGCCUUUGAGGAUCAGUUUUUCGGCGAGUGUCAGCACGAAUUGACGCGUGUGAAUAAUUUCUUUCUGGAGAAAUUGGCGGAAGCACGUCGCAAGCAUGGCACUCUCAAAUUGCAACUGUUGGCAACAUCCCGAGCACCCGGACAUACGGCCAGUCUCAAUUCGUUGCCCUCGCAACGCAUGUCGGCUGUUAGUAUGCCGAGUACUUCGUCGAAUCGCAAGUUGAUGACACAGCGACAAUUGCGCAAUGCCUAUAGUGAAUUCUAUUUGACGCUAGUGCUCAUCCAGAAUUUUCAGUCACUUAAUGAGACCGGUUUUCGUAAGAUUUGUAAAAAGUACGACAAGUAUCUCAAGUCCAAUCGUGGCGCGGCCUGGAUGGAAAGUCAUGUGGCCAAUGCCGCGUUCACCGAUCAGCGGCCGCUGCAGCGCAUGACCGUCGAGGUGGAGGAGCUGUAUAUCCAUUAUCUGGCCGGUGGCGAUCGUGCCCGGGCCAUGACCAAGCUGAGAGUACCGCCUUUGGGGGAACCGACGCCUCCACGUAUGGUUUUUCGAGCGGGUCUCGCCUUGGGCAUGUUCAUUAUGCUGGCCUGUGCCACGCUGUUCAGCUAUUUUCGAAGACCACCGAUAAAGGGUAACAUUGAGGCCUUCAUCCGCUUAUAUCGAGGCCCCUUCACCUGGGUGAUCUUCAACUUUUUCAUGGCCGCCAACGUGGCCGGCUGGCAACGAGCGGGCGUUAAUCAUGUGCUCAUCUUUGAGAUUGAUCCUCGUAGUCAUUUGCAACCGGCGACAUUUCUAGAGAUUGCCUGCACGUUUGGCAUGUUGUGGACAUUGUCGAUAUUGGGAUUCCUAUUCCAUGAUCUGAUCCAUGUGAGGGAUCCAUUUGUCUUCCCCUUGGCACUGACAUUGAUAAUGAUCACGUUGCUGAUCAAUCCGUUGCCCAUCAUGAAUUGGCCGGCUCGAUGGUGGACAAUGCGUUUGGUGGGCCGAGUGAUAACGGCGCCAUUGCACUAUGUGGGAUUUGCCGAUUUCUGGAUGGGGGAUCAGAUGAAUUCACUGGUUACCUGCAUGGCCGAUUACUAUUAUAUCGUGCGAUUCUAUGCCGUCUAUUGGCUACGCUACGGUCUUUUGGAUGUGGACAUUUGCUUUGUGGAGGACAUGUUUGUGCCCAUCUCAAGGUGUCUGCCCGCCUGGUUUCGAUGUGCCCAAUGCCUGAGACGAUUCCGAGAUAGCGGCUCCAAGUCCGUUAGCUAUCUGAUAAAUGCCGGCAAAUAUUCGACCACAUUUUUUGUCGUCUUCUUCUGUACAAUGCGCAAACGCACGGAUGAUGGAUAUGCAAAUACCUUUAGCAAUCCGUACACCUGGUUCUUUAUCACUAGCUACAUUGUGUCGAGCGUCUAUUGUUAUUUGUGGGAUGUCAUUAGGGAUUUUGGCAUAUUUCAAAUCUGGCGGGGAGAGCAUCUAUUUCUUCGAGAGAAACUCGUCUAUCCGCAGCCAUUUUAUUAUUUUGCCAUUAUUGAGAAUCUCUUUCUACGUCUCUUUUGGGCCGUCGAAUUUCUUGUGCUCUAUCACAAGCUUAUGAUACCCUAUAAUAUCAAGACUUUUGUCAGCAUUCUUGAGAUCACGCGUCGUUUCAUCUGGAAUUAUAUUCGCUUGGAGAACGAGCAUCUGAAUAAUUGUGGACACUUUCGUGCCACGCGCGAUAUUCAUUUGGCCGCAUUGAAUCCGAAACAGGAGCGCAUGUUGGAGAGCAUGAUGAUUGAUCCAGAUGGCGCCACCACAGGCAGAACUAAAACCGAUGAGCGCCAACGAUUGGGCAAGGAAUACUUUUAAAAAUGCAAAAAGUAGAACAAUAAGAAUGGGGAAUACGAACAAGAAAAAGAAAUUGCCACGUGCUUUUCUUUUUUGUUGUUGUUGUUGUUGUUGUAAAGCAGCUGCCGUUUUUCCAUUAUCUUAAAUUGCAAGUUGUCAAGUUGCCAAGCUGCCAUUCUGUGUUGCCGUUAACAUUAAUGGCCCUCCGUCAUCGUUGUUGUCAUUUAAGUCGCUUCUUUAAUUAAUUCAUUUGUGCAGAAAAAUAAAAAAAAAA